AUAUUCUUCCCCUGAAAUGAGUUGGUUUCCAAGAAAUCCACCGGAGGUGUACCCGCAGAUGAAGAUGGCCUGGGAAAAUGUGCUUGAACCAAUAUCUUAUAAUCCGGGGGAACAGCCCCGGAUUUUACUAUCACAUUGCCAAUUAACAUCUCCUUUUAUCGAACUUUUUCUGUCGAAUCCUCCAUGAGCAUAUCCCAGAAGACUUGCCUA